AUGGAGAUCAAUGAUAUGAAGGAACUCAAAUGGCCUGUCAGAAUGAGGUCACCACCCGAAUCCAGGGACAUGAACACGUACUGUGAGUUCCAUCGGGAUCAUGGGCAUACCACGAAAAAUUGUAAGGCCCUGCAACGAGAGAUUGAAGCUCUUAUUAAAAAAGGACUUUUGAGUUCCUAUAUCGGAGACUCGAACAGUGGAAGAAAACAAUAUGCCCGACAAUAUGCCUUGGCCUUUAGGAUGCCUCAUGGAAAGCUGGAGGAUAUUACUGUUGGAACCAGGGACUUGGAAGGUGUAUCACUUCCACAUGAUGACGCCUUGGUCAUCUCAGCGAUUGUCGCCAAUUUUGAAGUAAAGAGAAUCUUGGUUGACAACAGGAGUACGGCCAAUAUAAUUUCACAAGAGGCUUUUACCAAAAUAGGAAUCUCAUCUCAGCAUCUCAAAGCGGUUAAAACUCCUCUCCAGGGGUUUGGGGGAGGAGUCAUCACUCCAGAGGGUGUCAUCGAGCUUCCUCUAACUUUGGGUUCUGGCUAG